AUGGUUACAACGCCGAGGAAGAGGUCUGCCCCAAAGGUCACCACACAAACCGACGAAGCCGAUAACCCACCAAACCGGGAGAUGGAUAAGGAGGAUAACGGUGGUAAACCACCAAAACCGAAGGGGGAUUGGUUAUCUUGGCGGGGUUGGCGGGAUAAGAAUCCAAUUAGAUGUAGGUUGGAUAGGGCUCUAGGUAAUGCGGAUUGGCAGAACAUCUUUUUGGAUACGGUUUUAGAAUAUUUGCCCAUGGUGGGUUCGGAUCACAAACCAAUAUUGGCUGUUGUGGCUCAACAAAAAGUACGUAGGAGGCGGUGUUUUAUGUUUGAUAAACGGUGGGUGGGGAAGGAAGGCCUUAGUGAGGCUAUUGAACAUGGGUGGAAUGGUCUCUCUGAUACCCGAUCGGCAGGUUUUAUGGAUAAAUUAGUUAACUGUAGGCACAAAAUUUCACAGUGGCGGAAAAUGCAGGUUCCUUAUGGUCGGGAGUCUAUCGAAGAGUUGAAGAAGAAACUUGCCGAGGCCCAAGAAUCGGAUAGCUGUACACCGGAAGAGGUUUACGAUUUGACAGUUCGGGUACGUAAUGCUUAUAAAGAUGAAGAGAUUUAUUGGCAGCAGAAAAGUAGGAACAAGUGGAUGCGGGUUGGUGAUAAAAAUUCAAAAUUUUUCCACGCACAAACAAAAAUGCGUCGGGCUAGAAACAGGUUAGUUGGGUUAUUUGAUAAAAAUAAUAUUUGGUCAUCGGAUGAGAAGGAGGUGUGUAAAUUAGCGGAGGAGUACUUUACGAAUCAAUUUACUACAAGUAAGCCCACAGAUUUUGAGGAAGUUUUGGAAGACAUCCCGAUGAUGAUUACAGAGGAAGUAAAUGGUUAUCUUACGGCGCCAGCUACGGAGGAAGAGGUGCAUAGUGCUUUAUUUAUGAUGCACCCAGACAAGGCACCGGACCCGGACGGAAUGACUGCAUUAUUUUUCCAAAAGGCAUGGUCGGUGGUUAAAAAAGAUUUGACCACCUUGGUUAACUCCUUUUUUCGGGAUGGCAUCUUUGAUAAACGGUUAAAUAAAACGAAUCUAUGUUUGAUUCCAAAAGUGGAACGUCCUACGAGAAUGACGGAGUUACGACCUAUUAGUCUCUGUAAUGUGGGGUACAAGGAAAUGUUUCACGGUCUUCGUACUAAUGCCUCUUGUAAGAGUAGUUUUCUGGCCAUUAAAACGGAUAUGAGCAAGGCCUAUGAUAGAGUUGAAUGGGCUUUCCUCGAUAGGCUUUUGCGGAAAUUCGGUUUUACGGAUAAAUGGAUUGCAUGGAUAAUGUUUUGUGUAACUUCUGUUGAAUAUAGUAUACUUAUUAACGGUCAUUCGCAAGGUUUUAUACGGCCAGGGAGAGGAUUACGACAGGGAGAUCCUCUAUCCCCGUAUCUGUUUAUUCUAUGCACUGAGGCAUUAAUUGUUAACAUUCGAAAAGCGGAAAGGAAUAAGUUGAUAACUGGAAUUAAGGUCGCAAAUAAGUGCCCGCCUAUCACUCACCUCCUCUUUGCGGAUGAUAGUCUAUUUUUUUGUAAGGCAAAUAAGGAUCAAUGUGCGGUUAUAUUGGCGAUCCUAAAGCGGUAUGAACGAGUUUCUGGCCAACAGAUUAAUUUGCAGAAAUCUUCGAUUCAGUUUGGGCAUAAAGUAGAUGAGACUAUUAGAGUAGAACUGCAGGCACUAUUGGGAAUAAAUACUUUGGGUGGAAUGGGGUCCUAUCUGGGUCUACCGGAGAGUCUAGGUGGCGCAAAAACAAAAAUUUUCUCAUUUGUUCAAGAGAAACUAGACAAACAUAUUAAUGGUUGGUCGGCAAAACUGCUAUCAAAGGGUGGUAAGGAGGUGAUGAUUAAAUCGGUGGCAUCGGCGCUACCGACAUAUGUUAUGUCGUGUUUUCGAAUCCCGAAAACUGUCACAGCAAAACUAACAAGUGCAAUAGCAAAGUACUGGUGGAGUACAAACGGUACGACAGGCGGUAUGCAUUGGCGUUCGUGGGAUAAGUUAUGUUCUAGUAAGAGGAUGGGCGGUUUAGGCUUUCGGGAUAUCAAUGAUUUCAACACAGCCUUGCUAGCUAAGCAAUUAUGGCGCUUGAUGGAGGUACCAGACUCCCUGUUCGGAAAGGUUUUUAAAAGCAGAUAUUAUCGAAACUCAAAUCCGAUGGAACAACUACGGUCAUACUCACCUUCUUAUGGAUGGCGGAGUAUUAUGUCAGCUAGAUCUCUGGUUAAAAAAGGACUUAUUAAAAGAGUUGGAGAGGGCCACACAAUUUCGGUGUGGACUGAUCCUUGGAUCCCAGCUCAAUUCCCGAGACCAGCUCUGAGUAAUGGAUCCUUGAUGGAUCCUUCGCUACAAAUUCAACAUUUACUGGAUCGUUCGUCUAACUCUUGGAAGAUAGAUGUGCUCCAGGAUAAUUUUGCCCAAACUGACGUGGAACUGAUAAGUGCUAUCCGUGUAGGUAAUUACCCAACUUCGGAUUCCAUUGGUUGGCAUUUUACAAAAAAUGGAAAAUAUACGGUUAAAUCAGGUUAUCAUACAUCGCGGUUACCUGAUCCUGGUAUUAUAAUUCCCCAGGUGAGUGGACCGGAUAUAGUCCCUUUAAUUGCAAAUAUAUGGAAAGUUCGAUGCCCGCCAAAAAUUCAACACUUUAUGUGGCAAGUGCUGACAGGGUGUAUUUCGGUCUCGGCUAAUUUAAACAAUCGUGGUAUUUUAUGUGAUCAAAUGUGCAUGCGUUGUGGUGAUCAAUCGGAACCGGUAAACCAUGUUAUGUUUGAAUGCUCGCCUGCUCGGCAAUCUUGGGCUUUGGCUCAUAUCCAUGUGGGCAACAUCCAAUUCCCUAUUGGAUCAUUAUAUGUUAAUAUUGAUUAUCUCCUAAGGUUGUCCUCAAGAGAUGGGCACGGUAGCUUAUUUCCUUGGCUAUUAUGGUACAUUUGGAAGGCACGAAAUGCGAAGGUUUUUGAAAAUCAGGACCAAUGUCCUCAAGAGGUGACUCGGAUUGCAAAAGUGGAAGCGGACGCUUGGAUGGCGGCCCAGAUUGAAGAUUCGGAGACCAUCCCGGUGAACUCGGUGACACGAACUCCGGUAAAACGGAGACAUAUUAACUUAUCCACUGCUUUUUCAGGAUACCCCUGUUUUAUUGAUGUAUCAUGGAAAGACACAGAUAAGAAUGCAGGUUUAGGAUGGUUCUGUCAAUACUCGCAAGAUGGCUCCAUCUCGAUGGGAGCUUCAAAUCCCCGUAGAAGCCUUUCUCCUCUCCAUGUAGAGGUAGAAGCACUGAUGUGGGCAAUGCGAUGUAUGAUAGGGAAUGAUUUCAGAGAUGUAGAGUUCUUAACAGACUGCUCCGAUCUGGUGAAGAUGGUGUCUUCCCCUUCUGAGUGGCCAGCUUUCUCUGUAUACCUGAAGGAUAUCGAUAGUGAUAGGGAAGAAUUUUCUACCGUUUCUUUAUCUCUUAUUCCUAGAAGUGCGAAUGUAAAAGCGGAUAGUCUGGCACGCAAUAAUGAAGCUGGGAAGAAGAAGAGGGCAACAACAGGGAAAUCAAGCUGUGAUGUUCCACCAGAAACAAGGAUAAUACCUCCUCGUAGAUCAGCUGUAUGGGCACAUUUCGUUGAGAAUGUAGAUUCCGAAGAACCAGUUAGCAAUUGUCGCUAUUGUGGGCAGGAAAUUGGAUGUGACAGCAAUAAAACAGGAACAACUCCCAUGAAGAAUCACUUGGAAAGAUGUAAGUUGUUCAUGGCUUAUAAAGAGAGUGGUUCUGAGUCUGUUUUGGUGCCUGAUUCUAGUGGUGUAGUCACAGCCAUGAAGCAUGAUAAAGAUUUGUUCAGAAGGCUAAGCACCUCCUCUCAAAGUGGAUCUAGAAGUGAUAUUGGAGAUUCAGAACAAGCAAGUGAAGUGCUUUUUGAUUUGUCAGAUGAGGAUGGGUAUGUCAGGGAGUCUUUGUAUGAUGAGAUGGAUAAUGAAAUUGCUAAUGAGGAAGCUAGUAGUAUGUUCGACAUAUACUUGAUGGAGAAAGCUGUGAAGCGAAAUAAAAAUCUCUUGGGAAUGGAUUACGACGUGCUAGCAUGGUGGAGGCGUAAUAGUGUGAAGUUUCCUGUAUUAUCUAAGCUUGCUAGGGAUGUUCUUGCCAUUCAAGUCUUCAGUUGCUUCUGA